CUCUGAUCCUCGUUAUUUAAAGGCUUUAUUUGAUCUCCGUUUUCGUUUCCGUUCAUUUUCUUUCUCGCCAAACAGAGGGGCAGAGAGAGCUCAAAGCCUUCGAAUCUCAGACUAUUCCGAUUCCUUUUAGGGGUUCCUUCUCUCAUCGACAAACCAAUCUCGAACCCUAAUAUCGGAUCAGGUCUGAGCAUUCUGGUUGUCAGGUUCUCUCAGUUCAAUCAGCCAACUUUCAUGUCUGAGCUCGACGUACAGAUCCCCACUACCUUCGAUCCGUUUGCUGAGGCAAAUGCUGAGGACUCGGGUGCUGGAUCAAAAGAGUAUGUUCACAUUCGUAUCCAGCAGAGGAACGGGAGGAAGAGCCUGACCACUGUGCAGGGACUGAAGAAGGAAUUCAGCUACAAUAAGAUACUUAAAGACCUUAAGAAAGAGUUUUGCUGUAAUGGUACUGUAGUUCAGGACCCAGAACUAGGGCAGGUGAUUCAACUUCAAGGAGAUCAGCGUAAGAAUGUAUCCUCCUUCCUUACUCAGGCUGGCAUUGUGAAGAAGGAACAUAUCAAAAUUCAUGGUUUCUGAGCUACAGGGACUCGUAUCUUCACUUCCCUCUUUGGUGUCCGUGCGAACCAUGUUGUCUGAUGUCCAAUAUAAGAGUGCAGCUAUAUGAUCUUUAUGUGGUUCUUUUACAUGUGUUUUUGGUAUGUUCUAGUAUUUGAUGCUUGUCAUGUGGGAUGAUCAUGAAAUGUGCGACUCAUGCUAUGUUUAUCAUCAAUAUAAAAAACUCCUUUAGACAUUUAGAAACAAUGUCACUCUCUUUGCCUACAUUUACCCUUCUUUUGUGGCAGUCAGCAAAAGUUGGUUGUUUUGACUUGGAAUGUGUGUAUUGUGGCAGUCUUUUACUUUCUAAUUUAAUGUAGUCUGGUAGUUUUAGAAGAUGUCAAUGACUAAGAGAGUGGAAUGUAUGUAUGUUUUGCGA